AUGACUGCUCUCCGAAAGGGAACAACCAUUGCAUCGAGAAGGGGGAUGGAGAAAAUCAUCUACGACUUCUACUCUGAUCUUUUCGACAGCCACUUGCCUCCUCACCAUCUGAGGGAAGACGGACUUGUCAUUUUUGAGGUUCUCCCGUCCGAAAUACGACAUGCUAUCAUGUCGGUAAGAAAUUGUACGGCACCCGGUGCCGACAGAAUAAAACCAGAACACCUGAAGAACCUUCCGCCAGUACUCAUCAACACUCUGGCGAGGCACUUUGCAAGUUACCUGUCGGAAUGCAAGGUUCCUAAACAGUGGAAGACCAGCAAGACUGUUGUUGUAUGA